UUAACAACAAUUUUUGAUAUGAAAAAAUAUAUCAUUCAGUAUAAAAAUUUAACACAAGCAUUAAGCUUAGGUAUUAAACUUGAAAAAAUUCAUACAGUACUGAAAUUUAAACAAUCUCCGUGGUUAAAAAAAUUUGUUGAUUUAAAUACGAAUUUACGGAAAGCUAGUAAAAAUGAAUUCGAAAAAAACUUUUACAAACUUAUGAAUAACUCAGUAUUUGGUAAAACAAUGGAAAACGUACGAAAAUAUAGAGACGUUAAAUUAGUAACGAAAUGGACAGGAAGAUAUGGUGCUAAUUUUUACAUUUCUAAACCAAAUUUCCAUAGUUGUACUAUAUUCAAUGAAAAUAUGAUUAUAAUAGAGAUGGAACGAUUAAAUAUUAAAUUUAAUAAACCAAUUUACGUAGGAUUUUGUAUUCUUGACAUUUCGAAAACUGUACUGUAUGACUUUCAUUAUAAUUACAUUCAAAAUAAAUUUUCUAAUUCUGCUAAACUUCUCUAUACUGAUACAGAUUCACUCAUAUAUCAAUUCUUUGUCGAUGAUAUAUACCAUCACAUAAAAUGUGAUUUACAUAAAUUUGAUACAUCAGACUUUUCACAAGAUAAUGAAUACAAUAUACCUUUAACGAAUAAAAAAGUAAUGGGUUUAAUGAAAGAUGAAAACAAUGGUAAAAUCUUUUCUGAAUUCAUUGGACUCAGAUCGAAAAUGUAUGCAAUCAGACUUUUUAACAAAGAAAAUAAUAAUACAGAUAUUACGAAGAAAAUUAAAGGAAUAACAAAGGCAACAAUUAGAGGAAUCACUUUUGAUGAUUAUUAUAAAUGUUUAUUCUAUAAUCAAAUCAUAGAGGCCAAUCAAAAUUUAAUUAUUUCUAAAAAACAUAACGUCUAUACAGUCAAACAAAGAAAGGUCGCACUUAGCCCAUAUGAUGACAAGAGAAUAAUAAAUACUUUAACAACGGAUACGUAUCCAUGGGGAUAUAAAUAACGUUUAAAAUAGACUGUUUUAAAUAU